AUGGCUCAAGGUCGGUCGCCCAACCGCAACACCAUCGCAGCUCUGCCAGCCGUCUCCAACGCCUUCGCCGCCCCGGCCCUGCAGUCUGAUCCCCUCCACAGCGGCGUCGGCGCAGAUCUCGUCUCCGGGAGAUCCUUGGGCUGGAGUGGCGAGAAGGAAAACAUCCUCAGGUCUCCCUACAAUUACCUCGAAUCGCAUCCGGGCAAAGACAUCCGCUCACUGCUCAUCACCGGCUUCAACACAUGGCUUCAGGUCCCGCCCUCGUCCCUGCGCAUCAUCACGGGCGUGGUAGCGAUGCUACAUACGUCUUCCCUCCUCAUCGACGAUGUCGAAGACUCGUCUUUACUGCGCCGGGGAAUUCCAGUGGCUCAUAGCAUCUUUGGGACUGCGCAGACCAUCAACAGCGCCAACUACGUCUACUUUUGCGCUUUGCAGGAUCUGCUGAAACUCAACAACCCCGAAGCCGUGCGCAUCUACACCGAGGAGCUCCUCAACCUGCAUCGAGGGCAAGGGAUGGAUCUGUUUUGGCGUGACACGUUGACAUGCCCGAGCGAAGACGAUUACCUUGAGAUGGUGGGCAACAAAACCGGCGGCUUGUUCCGUCUCGCCAUCAAGCUGAUGUGCGCCGAAUCGCCCGAUCAGGUCGAUUACAUCCCGCUCGUCAAUACCAUCGGCCUUUUGUUCCAAAUCCUCGACGACUACAAAAAUCUGUCCGACACGGUCUACACCGCCAAUAAAGGACUGUGCGAAGACCUGACCGAGGGCAAAUUCUCCUUUCCCAUCAUCCACGCCAUUCGCUCCGACCCCAGCAACCUGGUGCUCCUCAACAUCCUGAAGCAAAAGACGCAAGAUGAUGAUGUCAAGCGAUUCGCGGUCAACUAUAUGGAGAAGACGGGCAGCUUUUCAUACACGCGCCGGGUCAUCAGGGGCCUGAAUCGGAAGGCUGUCCAGCUUGUCGACGAGGUCGAUAAUGGCAGGGGUCGGGGCGACGGCAUUCGAGAAGUGCUUGACAAGCUUUCCGUCGAUCGAAGGACGCAUGAACGGAACAGUCAAUCGAUGGGUUGA